UCACAGGACUCCAGAAUUCAGCCGAGAGAUUAAACUUCACUGAAGCAGGUGCCUGAACUUUCUGUUGUUCUUUCCUUUGGGUUUGUUUAAAUUUGUAUUUAUUACUUUUCUUUGCAGCAAUCCAUCACCCAAAACAAACUGAGGGUAUUUUUCCUUCUUUGUGCCGGCAUUGCUUUGUGCAUCACAACAGCAAAUCCAGCGCCUGACAUGAAGCAAGAGUCACCACAGGAGCUGAUCCCUGCUCAGCAAAACAUGACUCGUGAGAUGAAGAGAGGGCAGCCGCUGCAAAAAGCAGGAAGGACGGCUGUAUGGAAAGAGGGAUUCACUGAGCCUCCAUCCCAACAUGAAGGGAACUGUCCCCCUGAGUUUCAUGAGCACUGGGGGCGAUGCUUCGGCUUCUUUAGAAUCCCCAUGGCUUGGAUAGAUGCUGAGACACAUUGUUGGUUGUUUGGUGCCAACCUCGCCUCCAUCCAUGAACAGGAUGAGUAUGAUUUCUUAAUAAAUCUCAUGAAUGAAAUUGGAUACUAUGGUCCGGCCUGGAUUGGCGCCUAUGAUGCUGUCAGGUUUGGAGAUUGGCUAUGGAGUGAUGGUUCAGUAACUGAUUUAAACAUGGCCCCUGACUUGCUAAAGGACUGGAAUAAAUGGAGACGUUGCCUCUCAAUAGGUUCAAAUGAUUACCCAACAUUGAAACGUCAUCAUUGUGAAGAGAGGCUUCCUUUCAUCUGUGCAUUUAGACCAGGGCUGUGUUAAGCACUUACCUGCAAUCAGUCACAUGAAACCAAACUCUAAAAUUCCUUUACCUUUUUUGCAAAAUAAAAGUGGUUUCUCUUAAA